CUACCGCACAGACUCAGAGCCCCAUGCCGGGAGGAGGUGAUUACAUUGUGUCUAUUGUAUCCCUGGAUUUGUGUGUUUGUACAUUUCUCGGGACGUGAAAUUGAAAGUGAAAAGCAUGGCAGAUGAGCAAGAAAUAAUGUGCAAAUUGGAAAGCAUUAAAGAGAUCAGGAAUAAGACCCUGCAGAUGGAGAAGAUCAAAGCCCGUUUGAAGGCUGAGUUUGAGGCCCUUGAAUCAGAAGAGAGACACCUGAAGGAAUACAAGCAAGAGAUGGACCUCCUGCUACAAGAGAAGAUGGCCCAUGUGGAGGAACUCCGACUGAUCCAUGCUGACAUCAAUGUGAUGGAAAACACCAUCAAACAGUCUGAGAAUGACUUAAACAAGCUGCUAGAGUCUACCCGCCGUCUACAUGAUGAGUACAAGCCACUGAAGGAACACGUAGAUGCCCUGCGCAUGACCCUGGGCCUGCAGAGGCUCCCUGACCUGUGUGAAGAGGAGGAGAAGCUCUCCUUGGAUUAUUUUGAGAAGCAGAAAGCAGAGUGGCAGACGGAGCCUCAGGAGCCCCCCAUCCCAGAGUCCCUGGCCGCUGCAGCCGCUGCCGCCCAACAACUUCAAGUGGCUAGGAAGCAGGACACCCGGCAGACAGCCACCUUCAGGCAGCAGCCCCCACCUAUGAAGAAAAUGUUUACUGAUACCUAUCUUAGACCAUGCUCCAUUAUAUUGCUAAAUGGCCUGCUUGUCAUGUCAUCAGCAAAUUCACCGCAAUGCACCAAUAUGCCCUCUGUGCAAAGCCAAGAGUCGGUCCCGGAACCCCAAAAAGCCAAAACGGAAGCAGGAUGAAUGAAGAGAGGGAGAACACAGAGAGCCCUACUGCUCAUAACCCCUUCCUUUGGCCAGUGAUCAAUGUCCUGAUGUGAAACAACCCUUCCCCACCUCUACCAAGUCUCCAAUUUAAUGUGAUGGAAGCACAACUCCUCUCUCACUUUGCUCUUCUUUCUUUCUGCUCUUGGGGUUUCUGGUUUAGGAAGAGAUGUGGUUCAGGUGCUAAUGACAGUAUGUCUGAUAAUCCCUUCUCUCCCACCCACAUUUCAACCCCUGAUCUUGUUUGGAGCUAAGGAUAGGGCAGGAGGCCCAAACAGGAUUCUCUGUCUCUUGUGCCUGAGGGCUGGGACCUAAGGUCUGAGGGUUGGGAGGCCCAUAUCUUGUUUAGUGUAAAGGCUCCAGUGUGCCCCUCCCUGUACUUUUGCCUUAGGCUUUGAAGGGACAACAAUGACUUUCAAGUAGGCCUGGUGCAUAUAUCUUCCCUACCCUUGUCUCAUGUCAAGGCCCGGAGGUAGUUUGGACAAGCUCUUUUUGUAUUCAUUUCGGAGGACUGGGUGUUACUAUGGAGGUCACCAUCCCACCCGACCCCCAGUCUCCCAGAUACACAGAAGUUCUCAGGUACCAGGCUGUGUGUCUGGGGACCCCACCUCUACCAAGAGAUCUGCGGGCCUUUCUCCCCCAGUCCUAGUUUUUGCAGAUCAGCAGUAAAAGUUCCCCAUAGUGAAAUCAGGGAACUGGAGCUAUACCCACUUGAUUAAGUCCUGCCUAAGUCUUUGGGCUAGGGCUCUGCUAUAGGGGUUGCCUUAGGCUUAGAUGGGCCUCAGGCUGACAAUUGUGUUGCCAUUUGUUCAAAAUCACAGGAGUGGGUUGAGAUUAAGUGAGCGGCAAUUACUUUACCCUUGUAAGUGGGUGGGACUUCUCCAUUUAUCCCUCCUCUUGGGUCUUCCCUCUUCUGUAAGGCAGCCUCAGCUCAGGUCAGCGCUGGCCACCCCCUUUCCUGUGGAUUGGGCAGGUGACCUUCCCUCCCCAAAGACAAGACACCAGGGUCCCCAAGCCCUACAGCUCUCUACUCCACCAAAGCCAGAUCUUUAAUAAAAUCACCCUCAGACUUAAGGGACAGGGAUGAAGGUUGGCUGACUGAAAAAGUUUUAGCUCUAGGUCUCAGUCCCUAGCUGGGGAAGGAAAGAGAUUUUUCCUUCCUUCCUUAACUGCAGUUUUACGUUUCCACAGUGUCUGUGUGUUCAGAAUAUAAGAGAUUCCUCUGCUCUUGGAAAGUAAGAGUGUUAUGUCUGUACAAAUCCUUUUAAAUAAACAU